AUGCUAACCACAGUUAACCUUAAGCAUAAUCCUGAUUUGAUUCCCACAAACUCUCGUCAUUUUGCAAUGAAUAAGAAAAUUCGUACUUUUGUGAAGAGAAGAUUAGAAAUCAAUGAUCAAGCAGGGAUUGGAGUGUCUAGGAACUAUCAUUCAAUGGUUAUUGAAGCGGGGGGAUACGAGUCAUUGACAUUUGAUGAGCGAGAUGCAAGGAAUUAUAUUAAUAGAGCUAGAAGAUUAAGGCUUGGUAAAUGGGAUGCCGAAUCACUUCAAAGUUAUUUUAUGAGGAUGCAAGCACAUAGUGAGAGAUUCUUUUAUGUGAUUGGUGUUGAUGAGGAGUUUCACAUUAGAAACUUGUUUUGGGUUAAUGCAAGGAGUCGGGCUACUUAUGAAUCAUUUGGAGAUGUUGUUUCAUUUGACACAACUUAUCUGACGAAUAGCUAUGACAUGCCAUUUGCUCCAUUUGUAGGAGUUAAUCACCAUGGACAGUCUAUUUUGCUUGGUUGUGGAUUGUUAUCUAGUGAAGACACCGACACAUUUAUUUGGCUAUUCAAGUCGUGGUUAAGUUGCAUGUUAAAUCAUCCUCCAAAAGCUAUCAUAACUGAUCAGUGUAGCGCUAUGCAAAAUGCUAUAGAAAUUGUUUUUCCACAGGCCCGGCAUCGAUGGUGCUUAUGA